AAAUUGUGCCACAUUUUUUUUUUGGGGGGGGGGGAAACAAAUAACUUUCUGGAAUGUAUGUUUUUCGUUUAGGGAAUAAACAGUAGUGACCGUUGCAUUUCCAUAUGCAGUGACAGUUGCUGUCGUGUAUAUUUAAACAUUCGAGUUACACUUAAAUUUGCUGUUAAACUGAAAGAUUGUACAACUUCUCUCACGUUGUGCCGACACGAAGAAAUCUGGCGAUGAUGAAAUAAGUCAGCGCGCGAGCUUAAAAACCAUUUUAUCUAAAUGCAAAGCUGGCCGGCGUGCUGAUACCCCCACACAAGAGACGGGGGGCAACCAGUGAACGUGAUACAAAAACCCCACAGUCGAUAUUCUAGCCGUCAACAUCCACUACACACAGCUGUGAAUAUUACGGUAAUUUGUUUUUUUCUCCAAAUGUAUUUAUUCUUUUUCUCCAGUGGAGUUAUCGGUAUUGCUACCCAUUUGUUACCCAGAUUUUUUUAAAAUAACACUGUGUCCAGCGUAAGUAUUAGAGUAAUCAUUUUGAAUGUUUGUGUACAAGUCAGAUAUAAAUAGUCGGAGCAGUCGUAUGUUGUUGUUUUUUUUUAUUUUAGGAAAUGAGAGCGCGUGACAAAUUUAGGGCAGUAGGACAUGCUGGCAGGCCUAGCUCAUGAUCAUGUUCGCUGGUUUUCAAACAGAAUUUAAAAAAAAAAAAAACAAUUAUCUGAUCACUGAUGCAUGUAGAAGGUGGUUUAAAUGGUAAAAGUGCAGUCCAGGGGAAAACAAAUUUUGUUUUGGUUAUGUUUUGUUUAUUUAUUUGUUCCUUUGUUGUUGUUGUUUGUUUUUUUUAGUUAACUGAACAUUUCUAAAUAAACGUAACAUUUAUAUGUAAAAAAAAUGCGGUAAAUGUAGGUCAAGGUAAAAUCUGUUAUGGUGUUCAAGGCUGGGGUUAGUGUUAAAGCCAAAGCUUAAUGGCUCUGGCUUUGAGACAAGAAUCGAACUCGACUGUGGAAUACCACGAUUUAUUUUCUACUGGGUAUCUCAUACUCUGAGCUUUUUAAGGGUGUUCAUGAACCAUUCCUUGUCAAACUUGCGAAACCACUGUAACCCCUACUAGUGGUAUCUCUCACCACGUUGGAACCUAUGCACGCUACAAGGACAGUCCAUGUUGAUUUCGAAGUGUGGCCUCUGAUUCUGGGAAACGUGUCGGCGUUGCAAUGUUUAUAACCAGCCACUGUUGGGGGGAACACGUGAAAAAUCGAUAGUGAUACGGUGAUGCAUUGCAUGGUUGUUGGUUGUAGAUACACACUUGCUGUAUUGUGUGACUGUUGGGUGUGGAUACAUACGUGAUGUAUUGUGUGACUGUUGGUUGUGGAUACAUACUGAGGUAUUGUGUGACUGUUGGUUGUGGAUACACAGGUAAUGCAUUGUGUGACUGUUUGGGUGUGGAUACAUCCCUCCAGGGCAAGGGAAGAGUCCAAGAUAUACGAAUGGAACACAAUUUGACGCGCAAAGUGUGCAGCGUGUACACAUGGAAUAAAGAAGUGUGCAUUUUCUGCUGACUGCGUGAGUAAUGGGCAAUGCAGUGUGUGCAUAGGCCCCACAGGGGGGUAAUUUGAAGACGGGGGAUGGGGGAGCGUAUCGCCUCUUAGAGAUAGGGGCGCAUUGAACAUUGAAGGGGUGUCGGAGUUCCGGCUUCCCGUAUUACCGAACAUUGCCAGUGAAAUGCGCAUUGUUCAAAUUGAUGCUUUAGAACAGAGAUGAUCAAACGGUGGCCCACGGGCCAGCGCCUGUCCGCUAGCCUUACGUUGCCGGUUCCCGCACAACAUGAAUAGUUCUGGUCGAAUAAAAAGAAAACAAAAUAAUUAAAUUAAUAAAUCUGGCAUCGGUCCCUGGUACAGUUUGAAAACGUGUCCACCGGUCCAUGGUAACAUUUUAAAACGUGUCCAACGUACCAUGGUACAAUUUCAAAACGUGUCCACCGGUCCAUGGUACAAUUUCAAAACGUGUCCACCGGUCCAGGGUGCAAUUUCAAAAUGCGUCCACCGGUCCAUGGUACAAUUUCAAAACGUGUCCACCCAUCCAUGGUACAAUUUCAAAACUUGUCCACCGGUCCAUGGUACAAUUUCAAAACGUGUCCACCGGUCCAUGGUACAAUUUUAAAACUUGUCCACCGGUCCAUGGUACAAUUUCAAAACGUGUCCACCGGUCCAUGGUACAAUUUCAAAACGUGUCCACCGGUCCAUGGUACAAUUUCAAAACGUGCCCACCGGUCCUUGUUACAAUUUUAAAACGUGUCCACCGGUCCUUGGUACAAUUUCAAAACGUGUCCACUGGUCCGCCAAGCUUAAACGUUUGAGAAGCGCUGCUUUAUAAUUUAGGCGAUUAACUGGAUCGAUAUUCUUAACUGGAAGUAGCUUCCAAUUUAUUUAUUUUAACGCCCAACGUUGCUUCUUUUGAAUGGGUUGUGUAAACUAAGAAAACUCAUUUUUCGAAUCAAUCAAUGGAACUGCUUUUUCAUAAACACCUCAGUCCCGCCCCCCACCCCCACACACACAGAAUGAGGGCCCGCCAUCCAACUAACCCAGUGCUGGCCCGGGGCGGACAAAGCUUUUUGGUUACGCCCUCCGCACACACACGAAAACUCUACAGAUGACCGAAAAUGCCGCCCCGUAAAAUACAUGAUAAAAUGCCGCGGGGGCGGGGGAGGGGAGCAAAUUCCAAAUUUGCUGCUAUUACAAAUCACAAGAACCGAAUGCUCUGUCGUUUGAAUCACAUUCAUGCCUUCCUGUUUUCUUUCACCCACAAACGCCGCCCCCACUACACUGUACGACCAAAUCACCGUGCACUUACAAUUUACGACCAAUCACCGUUUACUUACAAUGUACGACCAAUCACCGUGCACUUACACUGUACGACCAAUCACCGUGCACUUACAAAGUACGACCAAUCAGGGUGCACUUACAAUGUACGACCAAUCACCGAGCGCUUCCAUUGUACGACCAAUCACCGAGCGCUUCCACUGUGCGACCAAUCACCGUGCACUUACUUUCCCUUCCUCAAUUCGUUAAUUAAGUUAAUUUAACAGCGCAUUUUUCUCACAUCGUCUUCUUUAUCCUCUAGGGUUCCACCAGUGAUUUUCUUAUUAUGUUUGUGAUAGAUUAGAUUAUUGUAUGACCUAUCAGCUGUAUUUAGGAUUUUUUGGACCCACCCGAUGUAGGGGGAUUCUAUGUAGGUUUGCGGUCUUUUCCGGUGAUCUCACUUUACGGACCGCCAUCUUUCUGAACCCUACAAAUGAACAACUUAUAAUUCUAAAUGUGGCUCUCUCACUUUGUGCAUACAGUUCCAAAAAGUUUUGGGUAGAGCACAAGCCAUCUUACAUUCAGUGCUAUCUCCAUGUCCAUGAUAUCUAACUCAUACACCCCAUCUUUACUAACCUUAUCUACGCAGCCGCCACAGCACUGUGGUAUUGUAGUAUAGUAACAUUUAAAUUCCCUCGUCUUUUCAUUUUAUAUAUUGUAUAAAAAUUUAUACUAAAUGCAUAACUAUUAUUAUUAUUUAUUCAUUUUGCAUUGUGCCGAUUGUCGUUAGUAACAUCAAGAGAUGUUCACUGUGACAUUUUAUUUGGCAGGCCAGUGACUUACGAUGUCAUCUACCAGACCAGUACAGUUGUCUCCCUUCCAGAAGGAGAAGCUGGAGUACUAUUUCCGGUUCUUAUGUAAGAUUUUUUUUCUAUAUUCUUUAAAUAACUCUUAAAAUUAAAUUUUUCCUUCAACAGUAACGCAAGUGUUCAGAACAAAAACAUGCAUGGACGUUCGCAGAACUAUUAGCAACAACAAAAAAUGUAGGUGUGGUGGAAGAGGGGGGGGGGACGGGACAAAGUUGGUAUUUUUCAUAGUUGGCAUUAAUUUAAGUAUUUACAUAACAAAAUCUUUGAGAAACAAUAUAAUACAACAAAUGUAACAAACAAUGAUGAAUGCAAAUCAAUUUAUUUCAUAUAAAUAAUACUAUUAACAAAGUUUGUUUAAAAAAUAUAAUUAUAUACAUAUCUGCGGUAAGGGUGGAGUUUUUUUUUACCCCAUUGGCUGGUGUUUCAAAUGAUAACUUUUGUGAGUGCCCAGAAAUGAAUGGAUCAAUUAAGUUAAUGUCAAUCUAGCUAUAUUAUGCUAUCGUCCAGCGGUUCUCAACCUGUGGGUGGGGUCGAACGACCCUUACACAGGAGUCGCAUAAGACCAUCGGACAACACAUAUUAAUGAAGUAGGAACCAAAAUAUUUUUAUGGCUGGGGAUCGCCACAACAUGAGGGUGGCGGCAUAAAGAAGGUUUAGAACCGCUGCUUUAGCCUACGUAAUAUAAUAUUAAGAAUUAUGAAAUUAAUUUUUUGACAACAAAUCCACUGAUGUCAUAAACAAACACAAAAUGACGCUUUUUUAAAGCUGCUAUUCGACAACGCAAAUAUUAAAAUAAAUAAGUUAUGGUCAAGAUAUAGUAAGCUACAGUAAGUUUUAACAACGUAUAGUAUGCCAUAGUAAGCUAUAGUAAGCAUGAUGGACACAAGCGCUAUAAAAGAAGUCAAUCGUCAUCAUCAUAUAGUAAGCUAGAUGACUGAAAAAUCAAGUGGGUAGGUGAGUGAGAAGCUUGAAAAUGUUAGAAAUAGUAUUUUGACAAAAUGUUAGUAUCGUGACACAAAAUAUGAGUAUUGUGACACAAAAUGUGAGUAUUAUGACACAAAACAUUAGCACUUUGACAAAAUGUUAACAAAAUCUUGGUUUUUGCUCCCCCUUUCAUGACAAAAUGUUAAAAAAAUCUUGGUUUUUGCUCCCCCUUUCUCCCCCCUCCAGAUGCCCAUGAAACCAUAUGAUCGUUAAAUCCUCUCUCAGUGUUGGAGUAAACUCUUUUUUGAUCGAACUUCGUUUUUUCUUUCAGCCCCCAAUGAAGAUGGCUAUUUGGAAAAAAGUAGUAUCAACCGAUUGAUGGCGGUAAGCUUUUUAAUCAACUUUUUGUUAGCUUCAAACGGGUAAAGUUUUUGGUGAACUCGUGGUGUCAACCCUUCAGAGAUGCCCUUGAAGCUCCUCAGAGUCUGCCUGCUCGGCUGAUACCCUUUUCUGACUACGCCUUGCUCUGGUUACACCCUGCUUUGAUGACACCUUGCUUAAGUGACAAUGUGCACUGGCAGCUCCCUGCUAUUUGAUUUAGCUUUAAUCUGUAAAAGUUUUGUUAUUGUCUGGUAAUGUUAAAAUAGGCUUACUAAUUAAAUACUUUUGUAUUGUGUCUACUGCCUGUUGGCAUUCGCCCGUCCAGCGAGCUCUGUGGAGCUUUCAAUUUUCUAUUUGGUGUCGCCUUUCUUGAAAGGAUUUUUUUGCGUUUAAACAUAUCAAGGAUAAUCAAUCAGUUGCCGCUUUAGGUGGACAGGCAAUAUUGGCGGCAUUGUUUCAAAGGGAGACAAAUUCCAGCAAAAUAAUUUUUAAAAAUAUAAUAAUAAUCUUGACCAAAAAAAAAAGAGACAAUGAAUGUGGAGUCAGAGAUUACACAAAUUCUUGGCCCAUAAAAGAAUUGUAAAGUUUAUUUUUUUAAAACCAGAUUUAAGAUACCGCAGUUUAUUCUCCGGAAUACGAAAAUACGAAACCUUUUUUUAAAAACAUCUAUAAAAUUAAAAUUUUUUAACAGAUACAAUCUAUGAAUAGAGUAAAUUUUAUAAGGAUGAAUUUAUUUAAAUAAUUUAUGUGGUCUGAAUAUUAUUGUAAGGAAAUGUAUUGCUAGUUUCUUUUCAUAAAAAUCCAUCUUUUGCAAUGGCGCACAGUAAAUGAUUAAUUUAUUUUUUGCCGUAUUAAUAUUAUUAUCGAUCCAGCUGACAUCAUCCUUGUCUAGUAUAACAUCAUUCUGGUCUAGUCUGACAUCAUCCUGGUCUAGUCUAACAUCACCCAGGUCUAGUCUGACAUUAUUCUGGUAUAUUCUAACAUCCUGGUCUAGUCUAACAUCAUCCUGGUCUAGUCUGACAUCAUCCUGGUCUAGUCUAACAUCAUCCUUGUCUAUUCUAACAUCCUGGUCUAGUCUAACAUCCUCCUGGUCUAGUCUAACAUCCUCCCGGUAUAGUCUAACAUCAUCCUGGUCUAGUCUGACAUUAUUCUGGCCUAUUCUAACAUCCUGGUCUAGUCUCACAUCAUUCGUGUCUAGUCUAACAUCAUCCUGGUCUAGUCUUACAUCAUCCUUGUCUAUUCUAACAUCCUGCACAUGGUCUAGUCUAACACCAUCCUGGUCUAGUCUAACAUCCUCCUAGUCUAGUCUAACAUCAUCCUGGUCUCGUCUAACAUCCUCCUGGUCUAGUCUAACAUCAUCCUGGUCUAGUCUAACAUCAUCCUGGUCUAGUCUAACAUCCUCCUGGUCUAGUCUAACAUCAUCCUGGUCUAGUCUGACAUCAUCCUGGUCUAGUCUAACAUCAUCAACGCUUAAAAUAGCAGCAUUUUCCCUUUGUGAAAUACUUGUCAUCACCCCAACCUGUCAUUUGGCAGCCACUCGAAUAAGCCGCACUUUAUUUGUUUAUUUUGUUUUUUUGAUGAGCAGGUGGUAAUUUCUUACGCCCAAUGACGCACCAACGGUGCGGUUCUCAUCACUUGAACUUACAAGCAUUUUUGUAGCCAUGAAAAAGAACGAAUAUUUUGUAACAAAUUAUCUAGUAAAAUUUAUUAUUAUGUUUUAAUAGAUCAAUUUAACCAAGAAUUGUUGACGUCAGUUUAUUUUGACCCACCCCUCCCUCUUUUUGUCUAAAAUGGCCAAUUUUUGUUCCACCCCCUCCGCCAGGGGUGUCAUUUCAUUUUUUUUCAGGGGGAGGGGGCAAAACCAAAACUUGUUGGCUUGCUAAGUUGUUUAUUACUGAAGACUUCACAGUACUUAGCAACUUAAAUAAAAUUUGAAAAUUUCUAGGGGUGGGGAAAUGCCCUACCCAAAUGACGUCCAUACCCUCCGCCAAUAUUUUGUUGAUGUAAUUUAUUAACGGUCCCUAAAAUAAUUUUUUUUUUUUAAAUUAAAAUAUUAAGGACUCGUGAGAAGCAGAAAUUUUCAAUGAUUUACUUUGAAAGGAUUAACUUCAAAUCCAACCAUUUUAAGCAUGCAACCAUAAUAAUGUGAGUCUAAGCAGGGCCGGAUUUACACAUUUAUGCGCCAUAGGCCGAGGCACAGAAUUGUGCGCACCGCCCCCCACCCCCCUCCCCACACCAUUAAAGUUUUACCAUAUUUUUUUCAAUAAAAGGUGAGUAAAUAUAUAUGAUGAGAGCUAUCCCCCUUUAAAAAUUUAAAACUUUUGAUUCGCAUCUAUAAUCUUAAUUUCGAUAGAGGCUGGUCAGAUCGGCCGUAGCUCCACAUCAGCAACCAUGUGAUUGGGCAAGAAAUUGCCAGCUUUAGAGAUAGACAAACUUUAUUGUACCACUUAAUUUAUUUAAUUUGUAUGGACUUACGUUUUCAAAAUAAUACUAUAAAAUGUGUAAAUAUUUGGUUGUUAUUUUGUCUGUCUAUACGUCCCGGACUGCUGUGUCCCUAGGCCCUGGCCUAGAUUAACUUAAAUGAAAAUCCGAGUCUAAUUACUCUCUUUAUUAUAUAUAUUAUAAUUUCAAGGAUUUUAUUUUAAGCCACAAUUCACGCGACGCACCAGUACUGAACUGCCAAUGAGUCAUUUUUACACUGCCUACGUGUUCCGAGAAGUCUGUCUCUUCCAUUUAACAAAAAAAAAAAUGUUUUUUUUAAUGUUCAAAUAUCAUCAAUUUCACUCAUAAGUAUAGAUUCUAAUCACCCGCAUACUCAUCUGUCUACCCACCCAUGUUCCCUUUAAGCUGCGCGGCUGCGCGGCCGCGCAGCUGUCUCACAGGCGCUGCGCAGCAGUUUUGAGUACCGCGCAGCAAAUGUCCAUGUAAGUGAGUGUUUGUGCGCUGUAAAGUUUUGACCACAAAAAAAUUGAUGGUGUAAAACUUUGCACACAACUGUAUGAUUUUGCACACGAACCAACAAACCUUAGAGGAAAACAUUGCCCACCUGUCUGCUUGUUUGUCUUCUCAUCUGUCUACUCACCUGUUUAUCUGUCUACUCAUGCGUCUACACACCCGUCUACUCACCUGUCGGGUUUGUUCACUCUCAAGUGUGAGGCUUGGUUGAAGUUGAAGUGCGAGUAGUGUUUCAUAUAUGCAAAGGAAUCAAGACUUCUUUCAUAAGAUUCAAUUUGAAAAAAAUAUUACUACGCAUGUGUAGCUAUGCUAUACUGAACAUACUGAUUUAAAAAAAAAAAAAAUGGGGUCUGGCCGGGGGUGGGGGGGCGGCGCAAUUGAAGGAAUUCGCACCUGGUGCGUCAACCUUGAUGGAGUGCAGUGUCGGCACCACCUGGUAUUAAAUUUAUUCAUCAACCGUGACGGUACUUCACGAUCUAGUCUUCAAAACGUCCCUGACCUUGAUCUCAUUCGAAAGUUGCAACACGCCACAACAAAUUGAGCUUUUUUUUUUGCUGCUCUUCUCUAAAAAAAAUAUCAAAUUUUGAUUUAAAUCCAGUGUAUUUGUGCGUUAAUCUAUAUUCUACCUAUUUUAUGUCUUUUGUUGAAAUUCCCCAUGAUAUUACCAAUGUCAGUAACUGCCGUUAUGAAGCUAAUUUUUAAAAUAAAUUUCAAUUCAUUGUGAUUCAAGUGACAGGAUAUAUCUGUACCGUAAAUUCAACGUAAUCCUUGACAUGAAACGGACUUAAGAUGUGGACAAAUUGGCCCCCGUAAUGAUAUCUUUUAUCACACAUUAUAAUAACAUAAGAACUCGGUCUAUAGGAUAAAAAGUAUACGUUAUAUAUGAAUGGAAAAAAACAGAUACCUAUAAAAUACAAAUCUUCAAGAUGUCACCAAAUUCAAUUUACCAAUAACGAUUUUUUUCUCCAUUUGUUCAUAAUAAAAAAUAGACUUACCUCCCCCACCCUUAACAUUGUUGGAUCUAUGAGACCCUGUGUUAGUAAAAUCUAAUCUGUUGUUAGUAUGUGCAUACAUGUAUGAGUUGUAGCAUUAUUGCUGUAAUGGCAGCCUACCUUAUCUCUUCCAAGGCUAAGGAUCUUCAGUUCUGUGUUUUUUCAGAGGCUGAGAGAGAGAGAGAGAGAUUACGAUCCCAGGCCACCCAACCUUUCGAGGACCUCAAAAAAAAAAAAUCAUUAUUGUUAAAUCCCAAAAUUUUAAGUUUUCACAAAGUAUUAAUGAUUUUAAUACCCCCCAAAAUUAAAAAAAUAAUCGUCAUUAGUCAUAGGACGCCAAGCCUUUCAGUGUCAUGAAACGUUGCUCACAUCCUUUCCAGAGAAUUCAAGACUUCACGGGUUGGGAUGAAGACAGCCCACGGGCCAAGGAAUGCCGGGAGGUGCACGAGGCAUUUUUUGAGCUGUUGUUCGAGAAGGCCAAAGAAGAGGAGGGAACCGGUACGGCAAGGGAGUUAAAUCAAAGAAUAACUCAAUGGGGAUUUUAUUACUUGUUUAAAUUGUCAAGAAUUGUGGGAUAGAAUGAUAACCACUACUUAAUUAAUGAGUCCUUUACAAUAUAUAUAUAAAUAUAUUAUCUCCAACUUCAAAGGUUUGCUAAAGUUUUUUUUUUUUAUAAAUAAAAUUUCUUGUUUUCUUUAUUUUAUUUAAUUUUUUUUAAAACUGAAGCAUAAUAAACAUUAAUUUGUCUUGACUUUUUGUUGAUGGUCUUUACAUUUAUUGGUAAACCUUUCAUCGGUUAGCUUUCAGUUCGUUUUAUUCCCUAUACUCGGUCCACCGAAACUAUGCACUGACUAUUUCAAUUUUCAUUUAAUAACCUUGACAGCAAUUAUAUCGGGGUGCUGAAAAUAAUAUCUUUAUCUCUCUCUUCUCCAGUGGGAAAGGUUGACCUGAAGAAUUGGCUCUUCAUGUGGUCAAGUAUUCUGCCAGGAGUCAUGUCAAUGCACAACUUGCCCGUCUGGUUGAGACUGAUGCCACAACUUUUGUUUAAAAUUGUAGACAGAAGACGUGAGUCAUCCUCCUGUUCCAAACAGUUAGUAAAGUAGACGAGCUUCUGUUCAAGUGCCUUCCAGCUUGUAACGUGCUGAAAGCUUUUUGGGGGACCCAUAAUAGGAAAUAUUUAAUUUAUUUUUAAAAAUUCAUUAUUAUUAAAUGUCUGUGCAUUUGAAAUUCGAAGUGGCUAUUCGGACACAGGUCCGCGAAGUGAGAGGUUAGGAUUAAAAUUUAAAAUACAAUAUUAUUGUUAAUUGUAAGACUAAAUUUGGUAUCAAAUGAAGGAUGAUUGAAUGGACUAUAUGUUUGUAAACUUACUUCUUCAGUUUAACUAAAUAAACUACCACAAAUGACAUCCGAAUAGCUUGAGUCUAAAGGGACCCGGGUCCGAAUAGCGGUGAUGCCUUUCCGGUUCCAUUUUGACUAAAUUCUAUUCUGAUGUCAUUUGUCUUUCAUGUGAUAACAAAUUUUGUCUUACAAACCCUUCAAAAUAAUUUUUAAAUAUUUUUUAAUAAACCCAAACUCUCAACGGGUCCAAAUCGCCGCAUCCUUUGAAAUUUGCUCUCUGAUUGUAACUUUUAUUCCAUAAAUUUCACGAACUUUCAUUUUCUGUUGAUUCACAGGUCAAGACUACUUAACAGCCAAUGACCUUGAAAUUUUUUAUAAAGAGAUGGUUCACCUUGAUCCUCAACAGGCGCGCGAAAUCGCCAUUAACGCUUACCAACAAAUGACAGAUGUAAGUGUGAUUUAAACUUUUAGUUGUAGAUUCACCAAGUGAAAAGUGCCUUUAACAUGUGCCUAUAAAAGUAUAACAGAAGAAGUCUUAGAGGACAACGGUGGCCAUUAUGGAAAUCUUAAAUUUUCUAUCAGGAUAAAGCAGUAGUUAUUCCAUCGAUAAAUUCAGUUAUUCCCUUUACCUACACAACUCUUAACAUUAUCACUAUUUCGAAUAAUUCGAAUUUGAAUUUUAGGGUGGUUUAUGAUCAUUUGCAGGGCGGCCGAUACCCACUCAACGCAGACAGCUAUGAACAGCUUUUUGCUAAUUUUCUUAUUGGAAGGACCCCUUAUGGGCCAGGGCGUUAUAUUUUUGGAUGCUUCGAACAUGAGGUGAGUUCAUGUUCACUGCUCUUAAAUAUUAUCCCGGAAAUAAAUUUGAUUUGCAGCAAGGGCUCUAAAUAAGUCAACUGCAGAGCCCGUCUUUAAAAACAAAAAUGUACUUUGUCAAUCCAGUGAUCUUUGUUUACUUUAUUUCAGAGCUCCAGUUUACUAUUUAUACAUAAACUGUGUUAACUUUAUGGGAAAAAGUAAUGCAAGGAAAAAAAAUUGUAACAUAAGUCAUAAGUAAUGAAACAAAAUUAUUGUCACACAUAGAAAAAGGGCUAGGGUCACACACAGUCCUGACCGCAAGUCUCAAAUAAGGUGUGAAUGAAUAUUAAAAUGGAACAGAUUGCUAUUAAAAAUAAAUCAGUGGUCUGAAUAGUUCACUUGCAUAAAAAAUUUGUUAUCGACUUAUACAUGUUAAAAAAAAAUAUUAUAUAUUUGAAUUUUUUAAAAAUAAUAUUCAGAGAAUUUAGGCAAUUAGCUUUAAAUAUUUUUAAAAGUUAUCAAAUGUCUUUGAAAUUCAAUACCUAUUAGAGGUAGGGAUGUGCUAGUUAAGUUACACAGAAGAUUGAAAAAAGAUACACAUAUAACAUGAGUAUAAACUAAAACUAAAAUUGUGUUAAGAAAGAGGAUUAUUUUUAAUUUUUUAUCCUCCCCUAAAAUACUUAUAUAAAUAUGGGACAAAACCCAAGAUUUUAAUUCUUAUUUCAGGUUCAACCUUUCCAGCUCAUCACUCCAGCUCCUGAACCUGACGACGAUGUCGUGAUCGAGGUCAAGAAACCUAUAUCAGGAAGGAGACCUUCCAGGCAGCUCAGCUACACAAACUAAAACCCCUUGCUCUGUCAUUAACAUUUAUGAGAUCAUGUGCAGAACAUAUUCCCAUUGCUGAAUUUGUUUUUAACCGGCUCAAUUUUUAAUUUUUUUUAAACAUGAAAAGAGAUGUAUUAUGCUCCUAAAGGGAUUUCCUAUACUUUAGAGUAUGGUCAUCCUGGUGUUGAUCAAUUAUAUCUAAUUUUCUUUUUUUUUUUUUUUUUGAAGCUUUAAAAAGAGCAUGAGAAUAUAUGGAUGAAUCCCAUGUCAUGCCUAAGUAUCUAGUCACAAUACUCAAAUAUUCUAGAUCAGAUUUUAAUGUUUUUAAACACAGCAUUAGUUGUUUUUUUUAACUUUAAAAAAAAAAAAAGGCUACGUAGUGUUGUUUAAACAAUUAUUGUUAUAAUCUGUUUUACCACCAAUUUAAAAAAAAAAAUAAUUAUCAAUCACCAGAGAAGGCCAGAGUUGAUUUAAAAAUAAAAACUUAGUAUACAGAAUUACACCAUAAAAUAGACCCCAUACAGUUCAGACAGAAUACAAACUUUAUCAAAUAAAGACAAUACAGGCAUAUUUGUUUGAGUAACUUUAAAAUCACCAGAUGAAAUAACAAACAAAAAUUAUUUAUAGCACCAGUUAAAAUGAGAUUUUGGUAUAAAGUGUAUAUUAAAAAUUCAUGUCUAUAACAAAAAUAUCCAUAAAACUAAAAAAUAGUGGUAUUAAACAGAGGUACCAUAUAACAAGUAUGUUAUUUUGACAAGUAAGUGGUUUUAACAUCAACAAAAUUUUCCAUCAUUCACUUAAUAUCUUCAUUUCUUUAAUUUCUAUCUUUAAAUAUUUUUUUUUUUUUUACAUAUUUUUCCUCAACAGCAAUCAAUGAUAAGCCAAGCAAGUCUAACAAAAACAACCGCUAACAAACUUUAAAUUUUUCAUUUAAAUCCUUUAUAUGCAUUUUUGUUUGCAUUUAUUUAAUUGUACCUGGUUUAUCAUUUAUUAAGAAGCGGUUAUGUAAAUGGGUUAACUUUUGGCUAAGACACAUUUCAUAUUUCCUUCAUUUUCCCCUUCAAAAAUACAUUUGAUUUUUAUUGCAAUGGCUCUUGUUAAGGGAGUAAAGCCGUAAAAAAAAACAUUAUAAUAGUGGUUAAACUGUAUUACCUUUCUUGAAUUUUAGGGCCCAACAAGUUAUUUUGAAAAAACAGGAAAAACUGAUUUUUGGGAGUUGGGGGUGGGUUGAAAACUUUAAAGAAUGUGUUCUCAUCUGCAAGUCUUUGUGCCAAAUUUCAGCGUGAUAGCAUGACAAGAAGUGGGUCAUUAACCUUCCUAAGAUUUUGCCACAAAAAAAUGUGAAACAAGUAAAGUUAAUAUAAAGGAUUUAAAAAGAACAUGUCACUGUAACAUGAUUUUCAUCACACAUCUUGCAAUUUAUCUGUCUAAUAAAAUACCUCACAACAAUAAACUUUUCAAAUAACGAGGCUUUGUCACAAGUACUUUGGACCUGAUUUUAAAAAAUGCAAACACAAUCAUUAGAACAAGUCAUUUAAUACUUAGUUACAAAUAAUAAAGUAACACUGAUGUAUACAGAAUACUUUUAAACUGGCAAUUUUUCAAUUUUUUGUUACGCUAAAACAUUUGCAGGACAAUUUCUUCAACGAUAUAAAUUAAAAUAAUAGAACCCCCCUUUUUUUUUGUUCCUCUUAACAGCCCAGAAAGAAUAUUUUCACCUUCCAAAUAAAUGAUUUUCUGUCCAGGAAUGUCAAAUCACCUUUUGAGACUUCACAUAAUUCAGGAUACUGGUGUAAAAUUCGAUCUUUUUUCCAACUAGUUUUAUCCUGACAGCAUUGGUUUUUCAGAAGUUAAAAUGACAUAGAAUAGAAGAGUUAGUUAGUUUUCUGGAUUCCAUCAGAGAAUCAGAUUCUUUCCGUAAUACUUUGAAAAAAAGUAUAAACAUGUAUACACAGGCUUAGAAACAUGUUAAAAAUAUUGCCUUCACUGUGAAUCUGAAACCCAAAUAUUAUCUCCACACUCACAGUUUUAGAUAUUUUAUAGGCAAUAUGAUAAAAGAGUUAAGACACUUGUACAAAUACUGUACAUGGCGUUGAGGGGGCAAAGUCAUACAAUUUUUAUCCCAUUUCAUAAUCAUGUCAGAAACGAAAACAUUGUCAAAAUUAAACCAUUUUUAAAGUUACAAAUUUAGAUUUAUGUAUUCAUACACCUCAUACCAUGUGACAUUAGCAGCUGUGAACUUGAAAUAAUCUGAAAACAUUGCUGGAGCCAUAAACCCCUGCAUCUGAUCUCUCACAUACCUCAACACCACAGGGACAUUAGCCUGCCUGAGCCGCGAGGCGUACAGCAGGCCAUCAUCUCUCAGAACAUCAUACUCAGACACCAGGACGUAGGCACGUGGCAGUUUGGAUAAAUUGUCGGCCAUUAGCGGAGAUAAAAAAGGGUCAACAACUUUGGAUUCCAGUUUCUGAGCAAGCUGUUUGUCAUAAUCAGGGCAGUGUCUAGCCAAGGAGCUUGGGAUGUAAUUGAUUUUGAUGCACUCUGGGAGCUGGAGCUCCGAGAUGUACAAUGAGUAAAUGGAAUUUUUUAUACUCGGUGAGAGGUGCUGGUUACUUUGAAAUGAGUUUAUUGUACCUUGGGUUGGCUGGACGUCUAGGUAGUGGCACCAGAAAAGAAUCAUUUGUGUUCU